AUGUCAAGUAUCACUAUUUCUAUUAUUAUUGAUAAAAAAGCUAAAUCAGUGAAGCUCAUUAAUAAUCGUCCUGGGUAUGAUAUGAAAUAUGUAGAGUCAUAUAUCUACGAAUAUUCAAGAAUUAUACAAAGUGCUUGGAAACGAUUCCGAGGAAGAGUACCAUCAAAUGCGCGACUUGUAUGGAAUAGCUUACCAAAUGAUAAUACUCCAGAUGAUGAAAAGUUUCUAGGUUUAACGAGACAUAAAAUAAAAAAUCCUCAGACUCAAGAACAAUUUAAUCAGUGGCGUACUAAAUGGAUUGAAUUAUAUAAACAAUGUAAUUUAAAUAUUCCUUUGGAUAUUUAUAAAUAG